AUGGCCGACAUUUUGUUCGGAAGAACGCGGCGAAGAAGAACGGCGAGAAUUUUUAGGGAGAGACGUAAUUGGCUUGAAAUUUUGACAGAGAAGGAGGUUCGGGAGAAGUACCGACUAAGUAAGGAAAGAAUAACAUGGCUAUAUGAGCUUAUUAAGCACGACAUUCAGCCAGAGACAAGGAGAAGUCAUGCUAUUAGCCCGAUGACAAAAGCAUCACAACCCUGUUUCAUUCUGAUGAGUACACGUCCAAGUUCUGUAAUGACUAUGGUUUUGCAGUUAAACGUAAGACAAACCGGUCAUCGUGAUGACAGCGGGAGGCAGUGGAAUAGCGGGACCGACAGGUGGAUACAAGCAAAUCCAUAUCCAAACAUAAAUGGUCAGGGUCUUAAGUAUGUUCAGGAAAUGACAUCUAUGGUAAAGGAAUGUCAAUCAGAACUUAGACUCGAUCUUACUGCGAGUGAUGGGACAACAGCCUACGAUGUGUACAGAAACUUCUUUUUAGGAGAUGGUCCAUACUAUACACUAUAUCUCAACCCUGGAAACGGAUCAGAGGUUCUGUAUCGAAAAAAAGAAGACAAUUCAUUGCACGGACAUAAUGGUGUUGCCUUUUCAACAUUUGAUAAGGACCAAGAUCAAUCUGAAGUCAGUCAUUGUGCCGAUGAAUAUCAAGGAGGAUGGUGGUAUAACCGGUGUGGACGGCAAAAUCUGAACGGACCAUACAUCGUACCAGGAACCACGGGUACUCACUUAACGAGGGCGCACUUUUACUUUCCAUUUCAAAGUUAUGUUGCUCUUGAGGGAUCGCGAAUGAUGUUCCGCAGGCUGUAA